AACAAUGCAAUUAAGCUUCGGGACUUGUGAUGAGCAUUAGGAGGUGGUUAAGAAAAUUUCAAAUCAUAUCUUCACAAUUGAGUAGCACAAGACACUGAGCCAUGGCAGAAAACCCUUGUGAGAAGGAAACCUAAAUUGAUCAAAUUUGAAGAUCUUAAGCAUCAAGAUGAAUAGUUAAGCCUAAAGAAAAUCACCCUAAAGAGAAAAUCUCAACGUUGAACAUCAAACCAAAGGCUUAAGUCACAAGAAAACCUUGGAUAGAGGAAACUUAUAUUGUUGAGCACCGUCACAUGUUCAUGGUUCGCAACAACUCAAAUUUGCUUAUGAUAUGCGAUUCUUUGCUCAUCACAGGUUCAUUGUUUUUUUCAAGUAAUUUUUUCAUAAUUUAAGUGAGAUUUAGUCUCUUCCUGAAACCUAAAUCUCCAAUCAAAGUGAAGACCCAUUCCCGUCAAGAUUUGAAACCUAAAUCUACUGCUAUUGACACUACGCCGGAGUCCCCCGGCGAAGGCAGAGGGAGCACGAAACGUGUCUUGAUUUGGUUGCCAAAACAAUUGGUAGCAAGAGCUCUGUGUAUCGAGGAGUAGUCAAGUGCAACGAAGAUGGUUUUGAAGCAUUUGUGUGGGAUAAGAGCGAUCCAGGGGAAAAAGGAAGAACAGUUUACAUUGGUUAGUACAAUUUGCUUUCCUGCAUCAAGUGUUGGUUAUGUUAAUGUGCUUAUUCAACUGAAGUUGACGCCGCCAAAGCUCAUGAUUUGGUGUCAAUCAGAAUUGGGGGCUUAAAAGCAUUAACCAAUUUUCAUGUGAGGUGUUAUUCCAAGGACAUGGAUGAAAUGAGAAGAAUGAGCAAAUGGGACUAUAUUUGUGCUGUUAGAGGCAAAGGGAGUACCCAUACAUCUAAGGUUAAUUACAUAGUUAGGAGGGGACAGCCAUACCUUUGGGUGCCAGAAAACGAUAUGCAUAAUGUGAACACAAUCAUUGAUGAGCGAGGUUCAUUUGCUGUGGCCAGCCCCUUUCCAGGUCCACUGGGUGCCUUAUUGAAAUCAUUGAAAAAGUUACCACCUCGGAUUGCUUUAUCUGGGGAUGUUCUUCCUCUUAAAGAAGAAAAGGCGAAGUCUCUUGCAGAAAAACUUCAGGAAGUCAAAGUAUCUGAGCAAAAAGCAAUCAAAGAGUUCAGUUAUACUGUUUCUGGAGUACUAAGUUCUAGUGCUAGCAGAACAUCUAGAAGUGAUAAUCUUCAGGGUCUAUUGGGAGACAAUGAAAGAUACACUGUGUAUAGAUUUAAAACAAGCUUCAAUCCAACUGAUUCAUAUAUCUGGUUUGAAUUGUAUGGACCACCAUCAGAUCGGGAUGUUAAUCUAAUCGGUAAUGUUAUUCAAUCAUGGUAUGUCAUGGGUCGCCUUGGUGCCUUCAAUUCAUCAAAUUUGCAGAUAACAAAUUCAUCAAUGGAGUUUCAUCCACUAUAUGAUGCAGACAAGGGUUUCAAAGUCAUGCCAUCAUCUUUCCAUGAUAUCAAUGAUAUUGAAUCCCAUGACAACUGGGGUCGUGUUUGGAUUGCUGCUGUAGCUACUGGACUGAGCUAGUUAGCUUUUUAAGAGGUUAAACUAGACUCAGAGUAAAAGAAUUAUGGUCAUCAUGUUGUUUAGUGAUGAAUUUUGAUAAACCUAUGAUGGUAAAAGAAUGACAUUUGGUAUGUCUAUUUUGGGUUGUAAUACAUUAUAUUAUAUGUUUACAUUCUUUUUCUUGAAAUCUUGUUGAUGUAAGUGUAAUGAUACUUCUCUUUUUUUGCUUUAAUUAUAUAUUUGAUUGGAUUUCA